GGUGCUAGUUCGCGCGAGUGAAAAUCUCGUAUUUUUAGUAUACAAGUUUCGUCUACGUCAACGUCUCUCUUUUAGUUUAUUUAAAUAACAAAUAACUUCGAAAUUAAUAAUCUGCAAAACUCAAAAAAAACAUUGCGAACUCAAUCUUUGCGAUAUUACAUACACCAAAGCGCGAGCAAAGAAUACUUUGAGCAAAACUUUGGAUGUUUCAGUCGUCUCGUUUUGUGAAUUACAAAAAAAAAGUAUUUCGCAUUUGGGCGACAAGAUUUCAAAUGCAGUGGAAUUCGGAAAGUAGGCGGCGCUUGCGACCGCAGCAUCAUGCUUUUGAUGAUCGCGAAACUUGUCAAAUCGGACGCUCCUCGAGCUGUUAUCGAAUCGGGUUUUGCUUUUGUACGCCAUAUGUUAUCGAGAUAUGUACAUAUAAGUCAAUGAUCUGUCAGAUCUAAAGGUUAAAGACGAGCCGAUGUGACAUGAUCGGAUGAUGUGAUUGUCGACGAUAUAAUAUUCGGAAUAUAAUUAUUAAAAUUACUGGUGAGGAGAAUCUAUCAUCUCGCGCGCAAAGAAAACCCGAAGCAAAAAUCGAUCGAAUCUGCCGAUCGUAACGAACAAUUUUCUUCUGGAAGAGAAAAAUGAAAACAAUAAACGCGCGAUUUACGAGAUCAAAUCCAUAUUUGAAGGAAUACACGCUGUUAUUUUGUGAAAGAAGAACUUACUAAAAUAUUAAGCAAACAACUAUAGCGCAAAAGCAUAAAAGAAUUUGUUAAAUCCUGGUUAUGCUCUUUUGCUUCAAAAAAGAAUGCUUCCUCCAAUGUUGCACGUGAAUCAAAGCUUAUCUGAAACAAGCAAAGGUGUAAAUAAUACGAUGCAUCCCAGAGCAGAGCCGCAGUCAUCAAGCACAUCUGAUGACGACCCUAGCGGAUCAGAUGAGACUGACAACUCGUCGCCGAAUAUGUCGCCGAAUCACCGCAAUCCACGAAACACGGCGACUCAAAAUCAAAACGCCGGCAUUAACCGAAGACGGCGCGGUAAUUUGCCAAAGGAAGCCGUCAUAAUCCUGAAGCAUUGGUUGUCGGAGCAUAAAUACAACGCGUAUCCGAACGAGAGCCAGAAAGAGACGCUGAGCCGCUCAACCGGCCUCUCGAAUUUACAGGUGUGCAAUUGGUUUAUCAACGCUCGACGACGAAUUUUGCCCGAAAUGAUCCGCAGAGAUGGCAAAGACCCCCAGCAAUUUACGAUAUCGCGGCGCGCUCGCCGCGUACAACCUGCCGGUGCUAUUCGUCAGGGACGUCGAACACCUCCAAUGGAGGAGGAACCAAUGGAAGCUGAAAACGUCCCGAUAAAUCAAAAUUGGAACUUACCGGGCAUCGAAGCAGAAGCUAGAAUCGCGGGGGAAGAACAACGCGAGCCGCAUCGUGACUACGAUGAGGAACCCUCUUUUAGCAGAAGCGAAGAUAGUCCGAACGAUUAUGAGAGCAGUCUCAAUGGGUAUCACAGUGAAGAGGAUCGCCCUUCGAUACGGUGGCCCAACGUAAUCGUUCGCCCGUAUGCGGAAGCCCAAGUCGAGCAGUUAGACGACAGUGCUGUCUCUCAUCUUCCUGCUCGACCAAGAAAUACCACCAGUCCUGAAAGUUCCUCAAGCGAAAAAUCACCACCUGAACCUGCUGCUUAUUGGAGCGCCCCGCGAGAACAUCUUUUGGCUGCUCCUGAAGUUCAACAACAGCAACAAAUUGAAAUCGACAGUCGCGGCAUGCCACCCGGCAGUCUUGAAAAUGCUUUUUUUUAUCAGGAUAACGGCGACUCUCUGCAUAUGUUGGUGGAACUGGCCGUCGCCAGACCUUAUGCUCUUCAAAACACAUCGAACAACAGAAGAGAAUAAGUAAAAACUUUGUCACGAUUUCUAAUCCCAGAAUCCAUCUCAUUCGAUUUAUGUUGAAUUUCUUUUCGAGAAGCGUAAAUAAAUCACGCUACAAAUAUAUCUAUGUACAACAUGUAUUGUACAUACAUGAAUUACAAUUAUAAAUAUUAGCGUAAUGAUGAACUCUUUAAAAUGACACGUUGUAAUAAAAUGAUAAAUAUUUCUAAAUACUUGUUUGUGCCACUGCAUGCGCCUAAAAACGUAAUCUUUUUUCUUGGAGCUUGGAUUAAAGUUGAGACGUUUGCCGUAUUUUAAGUGAACGAUUAGAUAUGCAAUAUGAUUCUUAUAAUAAUUAAAAUAAAUGCUGGUAAUGCGCUACUGCAGCGGCAACAACAUCACGGCUUUCGAAAAAAUUUGUGUGAAUUGUGUUUCUCAUGUCUUCAUUUUUAUCAUUGGAAGAUUUAUUUUUAAUGCAUAACUGAUACAAUUUUUGUACUUUUGUGAAAAACUAAAUUGUCAUUUACAUAUCCACUAUUCUUUUCAGUCUCUUUCUUUUACCUUCUUUUUUGUUCAAAUUUUUAAAUUUGUUUCCGAAUAAG